AUGAUCGUCAUCGCUAUCAUCACCAGCACCGGUGUCAACCCCGAUCAAAUCCCUGUUAGUCUUUUACCAAGAAGGGAAGGCUGUGAAAAUAUGCCAGGAAUAAAGGGAGCUUCCGAUUAUUCUCAAGAAACGCCAUGCCGUCCUUGUCUUCAAAUCAACUCCAAGUCUCAAUGUGUAAUCCUCUUGGUAUUGACGUUAUUGAUCCAGGAGCCUUUUAAUGCUGAGCAGCCUCGCUCAGCUUUGAUUUCCUUUUAUGUGACUCCGGUGGAUUUGUUCUACAAGAGAAAUCAUGGACCAAUCCCAGUAGUUGAUGACAGAGAGAGAUUCUGUGUUGAUAUAACUGGUCUAAUUCAAACGCCGAAAAAGCUGUGUAUGAGAGAUGUCAGGAUGCUGCCAAAAUACAACGUGACAGCCAUUUUACAGUGUGCAGGUAAUAGGAGGACUGCCAUGAGCAAAACCCGGAAAGUGAGAGGAGUUGGAUGGGAUGUUUCUGCUAUAGGGAAUGCUGUCUGGGGUGGUGCCAAAUUGGCUGAUGUACUUGAGCUUGCCGGGAUACCAAACUUGACAAGUAGCACUCAGUCUGGUGGAAAACACGUGGAAUUUAAUUGUAAUUCUAAAAUCAUGAUCAUGUACAUUUCGAUGCCUUUACCUCUCAAUAGGGAUCAUGGUUAUCCGUUGAGAAUAAUUGUGCCUGGCAUUAUAGGUGCACGUUCUGUCAAGUGGCUCGAUUCUAUCAACAUAAUAGCAGAAGACUCAUACGGCUUCUUCAUGCAAAAGGAUUACAAGAUGUUUCCACCAUUUGUCGACUGGGAUAAUAUCUAUUGGUCCACCAGGCGGCCACAAAUGGAUUUCCCAGUUCAGUCUGUUAUUUGUUCUUUGGAAGACGUGCAGUUCAUUAAACCCGGAAAGAUAACAAUUGGUGGAUAUGCAGCAUCUGGAGGGGGCCUAGGAAUCGAGAGAGUAGAUGUGUCUAUCGAUGGUGGCAACAUCUGGUUAGAAGCCUCAAGAUUUCAGAAAACCGGUAUCCCUUCCAUAUCGGAUCACGAAAGCAGUGACAAAUGGGCAUGGGUGCUUUUUGAGAUCACAGUUGAUAUCCUCUACAGCACCGAGAUCGUUGUCAAAGCGGUGGAUUCGGCUGCAAAUGUCCAACCUGAAAACGUGAGAGAUAUUUGGAACCUAAGAGGUAUUCUGAACACUUCAUGGCACCGAGUUCAAGUUCGCGUGGGCCACUCGAAUAUGUAAAUCAAACGAACGAAUAGGUAAAUAACUGGGCACCUACUUUAAUAAUGCUGUUU